AUGGUGCAGGCAGAUUCUGCUGAGGCCAAAGCGUAUCUUAAUUCUGCAAGUGGUAUAACGAUAGGAGGCGAAGGUGAAGGUCAGAAGAAGCUGUUUGUCACUGUUGUGCGUACGAUAAAGGGAACAGACGAGCAAGUGCCACUCAUGAUCAAGCUCAAGAGACCAUCGCUUAUUGACAAGUUCCUCAAAGGAGAUAAGAAGAACAAGCUCACGACGCUUGAAAAGUCUCGUCUUGACUGGGCCAGUUAUGUUGACGAGGAGAAGAUCCAGGACGAUUUGGCUCUUCACAAUAAGGCCGGUUACCUUGACAAGCAGGAAUUUUUGGGUCGUAUGGAUGCCAAGAGAGAUGUCCAAUACCAGCGUGCCAAAGAGCUCGAGCGCCAGCGCCAGUGGCAGCUUCAGCAGAAGGGAAAGUAA